GGCGGGGCUGAGCGGAGAGGCUCGUCUCCUGGACAGUUUUACGCAUGGACUGCUGCGUUUCACCUGCACAGAGGAAAACACGCGCGCACACAUGUACGCGCACACGCGCGCAGGCACAUAGUCUCCUGAUUUACACCUGCCAGAGUAGACACAAGCAUACACGCGCGCGCACACAGGUGAGGCGUGAAAGGAGACGUGGGUGGGUGUGGUGUCUGGCCUAAAGUCGAGGAGCGCUGCGUGACCUGCCCAUUCUCGAACUGGUCGAGCAGCUUCGCGUUUCAGCGGAGCGGAGGAGCUGCAGGACGUGCCCAGCAUCCCGCUGCCAAGUUUCUCUGAAGGACAUCCCCAGCUCGAGGAGCCUCCUGCUGACCACUGUGGGGUGAAUUAAGACUGAAGCAUGGAUGUAAAGAACAUGCGAGAGUACAUGGGCUGGCUGUACUACCAGUACCUCCUGAUCACGGGCAUCUACGUGCUGGAGCCCUGGGAGAAGUCCAUCUUCAACACGGUCCUUUUUACCAUGGUGGCCAUGGUGGUCUACACCUCCUACGUCUUCGUGCCCAUCCAUGUGCGUCUGGCCUUGGAGUUCUUCUCCGGACUGUGCGGGGAGCAGCCUGAAAGUACAGUAGCGCUGAUGAACUAAAAAAAAAAAAAAAAAAAAACAAUGGGGAAAG